UUGCUAUUUUUGAGUAGACGUAAACAUAUGAUGAAAAUGGCUGCUUCCUCUCCUUUUCAGAUGUUUUUUGCGAGGGAUAAGACGUUCCGUCCACGCAAGAGUUUUAAACAAGGGACGCUGAAGUACCAGUUGCACCUGCAGGCAAAUGCAUCUCUCAAUGCCGGCUUAGAUCUGAAAGAAGUUGUCAAAUUACCUCCUGGUGAAGAAAUCCAUGACUGGCUAGCAGUACAUGUUGUGGACUUCUUCAACCGAAUCAAUCUGUUGUAUGGCACAAUAUGUGAACACUGCACAGAACAAACAUGUCCGACAAUGUCCGGAGGUCCAAAAUAUGAAUAUCACUGGUGUGAUCAUGUGCGUUACAAGAAACCCACUGCUUUACCAGCCCCACAGUACAUUGCCUUGCUCAUGGAGUGGAUCGAGGGACAGAUUAACGACGAGACAGUUUUCCCAGUCAAACAGGGUGUUCCAUUUCCCAAAAAUUACUUCAGUGUAGUGAAGAAGAUCUUGACUCGAUUGUUCCGUGUAUUUGUUCAUGUUUAUAUUCACCAUUUUGACAAGUUGCUGGCAAUUGGUGCAGAGGCUCAUGUAAACACGUGCUAUAAACAUUUCUACUACUUCGUGUCAGAGUACCAUCUUGUUGACAAGAAGGAGCUGGAGCCUUUAAGGGAUAUGACUGACCGAAUAUGUCACUAACGUGAGCCUGUAGUAUGUUUUGGAAAGAGAACUGUGUGCAGGCUGUCAGCAUACAUCAAUGUACACGACUGGGUGUACUCUCAGUCAUCAAGGGAGACAACUCUACUGGAUCUGAAGACUUAUUUGGAGACAACUCCACUGGAUCUGAAGACUUAUUUUAGUUUGUUUCAGUAAUAUUCUCUGACCCAUCAUUGAAGUAUUCAGGUGAACAGGUGUCUACUUAAAAUUUUGUGCCUGUUCUCAUACUGGAGAUGUGUCUUACUGUCUUAUAUGUUUUCAUCAUAAUUAUAUGUUGCAAGAAUAAUUGUAACUUUUUGUAUGGGGGGGGGGGGGAGACUGUUUUCAGUUUUGUGUAUAAACAAUUCAACAGCACAUCUUUUCGUAUACUUGUUUUUAGAUAUCUGGCAGUGUAUAACUUGUACAGAUGUCUAAUAUAACUAAAACAUGUUAAAGAAUUAUAUAGACAUAACAAGUCAUGAAAUCAUAAUAGAUUUGUGGGGAUGUUUCUUGUAUAAUUAAAUUCAUGGGGGACAAUACUCAUUGCAUGUAAAAACAAUUCUUGUUUUUAAAAACUAUUUUAAUUUUUUGUUUGUUCUUGUGGUGGGGAUUGGGAAAAUCGUAAAACAGAUGGUCUAACUUAACACUUUUGUGCGACAGUAAAAUCUUCUUGAUGUUUAGUUUUGACAUUCAUUUAAGCUUUUUGUCCCCCAAUUUAAUACAAGAUUGUUAUAAUGACAUAUUUAUUAUAACAAACAAUAUUUUACAAAAUAAUUGGGGAACAUUAAAAAAAGCAAGCAACCAGAUAUGUAUAUAUAGGUAUGCAAUGUUUUCGUGGUCUUGAUAAAAUGCAAAGGAGCAUUCAAUGGAAUAUUGUUUUAUUUUGUUUUGGAGAUUAACAAAAGAUUGUAAAGACUUCUCGAAUAAUUAUUUCUGGGUUUUUUUUAACAGACAUUGAACGAGCAGUUUCUCUUGUUUUAUUAUGUUUGAACAAAACGCUGUAGUCCAACUUGAAGUUUGCAGGUGUCUCAUUAUUUCAAUAUAGGGCCAAAACCCUGAAUUCUCGCAAGUGCUAAAAAUAAUAUCAGUCCGCUUCUGUUUGAAAAUAUUCUUUGGUGUAUUUGUAGUUUCUGUCUUGGUGGGGAAUUGGAAAGAAGAAAAAUCAAAAUUAAAAAGAUUCUUGCUCAUAUGUACCUAUUUAUUUAUGUAUAUAAUUGCACAAUAUAUAACAAAAGCACACAUCGUAAAUUGCAGUGCAAUUGUUAUUAUAUAGGCGUUAUGAUUAUAUAAUAUAGUUCUUAGAAACAAAUUUAGCUGAUUAGGUUUAUGGUAAAAAUAAUAAUUAUAAAAUUGGUUUUUGGUUUGUUUGGUAUUGUUGUCUAAGUGGAACAAUUGAUGUAUAGAUGUGCUGGGAUUAUCAUUAUAUAUUGAAACUAUCGUGAUCAAGUGCCAAAUUAAAUACAUUCGUAUGUAGGAAACUAUAAUUGUAAUAAUUUUAUACUGUAUUAGUAUAAUAGCAAGACGAUGAAGGUAUGUGAUUUACAUGCAUUUGAAGCACUUCACUACAAUGCUGCAGAAUUAUUGUUGUUUGUUUAGACAAGGCACUUCUAUUAUCACUCUGCUCCUAUCAUUUCUUAUUGCUGUCUCCAAAACUUUUGUUGGAAAAAAUAAAUGUUCAUAAAUUGAUUGAAUUAACAUUAUGUUCUACACAAAUAUGUUAGUACUUGCUGUUAUGCAGUUUGAUUUGUUGGUUGAAUUUUAGUUUUCUUUGCCAUGAAAUGUCCCUACACUUGACAGUAUCUUCUCCAAAACUGACUUAAGUAAAAUUCUUGGUGGUUUUCUUCAUUCAUUGAACAUGAACUUGACUGAUUAUAGCAAAGAAUCCACUGGAGAAAAAAAAACCGUGCAUUAAUGGGAUAGAAAUCUAUGAUGUUGAUUUAACUGGCAUUGAACAGUCUGCAGUUGAAACUUUUAUUCCUUUAAAUAUCUGCAUAAAUACAAAUAUGCAUUUACUAAUCUUAAGUUCAGUCCAAAAUUGCAUUUUCUUCUGAAAUAUGGCUUUAUUAAAUGAAAACAACAAACAAACAAAAAAAAUCCUUAUAUUUGCCUAUGUUAGAACAUUUUGUUUUUAUAAAAGUCUCCAUGGUAACCAGUACCCAUCUUUUUGUUAAGUUCGUGUUUUUGCACAUAAACUGCACAUUUAUUAUUAUGAACUGUUGAUCUAGUCCCUAAUACUUGAUAUUAUAAACACUGGCCUUUUGUUUGCAGAUGUAAGGCUCAAAACUGAAAUAUUUUCAUUUCUAACUGUAAAUAUAAAUUACCAUAUUUGACAAGUAUUACAAAUCGUACAAGGGUUGGAAAAAUAGAAAUAUGCAAAUAGCUAUUUUUAACAAAUAGUUAGAAUUAGAUUAAUGUCAUAUGCUUUUGUCGAUUAAUCUAAUUAGUAAUUAAGCCAGUCUCCUGAAUUAGAAGCUUGAGAACUUUGAGGAUACAUAGAAAAGGCUAAAUGAGUUCUUCAUAAGAAAUCUUUUAUAUUAUAGCAUGUUUGUUUUCAGUCCUACAUCACUUGCAAAAGUUCAAAAGAAAUGACUUGAAAUAUAAAUUACUAUUUCAGAAAUUAGUACAGUAUUUUAUUUGUUACAACUUGCAUCGAUGAAUAAAAUAAGACAUUUCCAACUAAACAAGUAGUGAAGUUGAUGCAAACACUACUACCAAUAUAUUCCAUGAAUGUAAGACCUGUAAAAAAACACAAAAAUAUUGUGCAUUACCCAACCCAUACACACGCGCGCGCGCACACACACACACACACACACACACACACACAUAUAUAUACACUAGUCGGUGUGCAGUGUCAUACUGUGUGGUUAUUUCAAUCAUAUAUCAAAUCUAUAUAUAUGUAUGUAUAUAGUCUGUAUGCAGUGUCAUACUGUGUGGUUAUUUCAAUCAGCUGAUUGGAGAUCAUGAAUGCUAGAAAGAUAUGUUUCCAACAAUGUGGGGAAAUGGAAGAUAUCAGAUGGGUAUCUCUCCGAUCGCUGUGUAAUAAAUCAUUCUAGCUGCCAGUAUAUUCAUGCACAGUGUAUCGAUGCUGUUUGUAUUUUGUGGUUGAACUAGGAAUCCAGUAUCCUCAUUUGCAUUUGUAUUGUACGUCAUCACUCCAACUUGGAUCACCUUUCAUUGACAUGGAAUUUUUCCCACGGUCAUUUCUGGUGUUGAGCAUUCAUUGUUUACACUUUUCUAACUGAUGCUUGCCUUCCACGUACGCAUUGCUACACAUGAUUUUAUGCACUAAAAUAUGUGCAUUUUUAUGCAGACAUUUUCACUAGUGGUUUUAGCACUUUCCACAACAAAGUUUUAUAGAACAGAAAAUUACUUCCUUACUUUUCUAUAACUUUCCAACAAAUUAGUAGAUCAUCAAUUCAGUUUCAAGAUGACUAAGUUGAAAUGUGGGCAUACAGGGAACUGUACAUUCUUCUUACCUAGGACAUGAUGGUGUGGGGGGGGUAAACUGCUCAUCACUCAAAUUGUUUCCUCUUUUUGGCACUGAAGGUACCAGUUACUUGAAAGGUAUUAUGUAUAAUAUUAUCUACUGUAUUGAUAAAAUUAGAAAUGUGUCGCACUUGGAAAUGUGUUUGUGGAAAGUGGGCCUCACAGUAUAAUUAUGCAAAAUAACUUUAAUUUGAUUGGAUGUAAAUAUUUGUAUGAUGCUAGUGGGAGUUUCUCUUGACAUAAUCUUCUAUGUUUGCUUAAUGAUAUAAUUGAUGCUUUUGUAUGUAAGUUUUAACUAAAAAUUUAUUUGACAAAUUUGUUGUAAAAUAAGAUAUACUGGUCAGAGUUUUGUUUUGAGACUUCAGUUUUAAAAAUAUUUUAUCAUUUGUAUUUCAUUGGUGAUUGUCAAGUAUUUGUUAGUGUUGCAUAUUGACAGACAAUUGCCAUUGUAAGAAAACUUUAUAUUGGUUUAUACUUUUGAUUUUUGUUUCAAAUUAAUUAAAAUUUCAAGUUCAGUAUACUAACAGAAUACACUAUACUCAGCCUUUGCUGUAUUUUGACAGGAUACUGUAGAAUGCAGGUCAAAAUUUGCUGUAUUGGCAGAAUGGUGUAGAAUGCAGGUCAAACAUUGCUGUAUUUUGGUAGGAUGCAGGUCAACCUUUGGUGUGUUUUGGCAGGAUACACUAUAUACUGCAGGUCAUUCUUUGCUAUGUUUUAACAGUAUGUCAACCUUUUCUCUGUAUUGGCAGGAUACUGUAGAUUGCAACUCCAUAUUUGUUGUGUAGAGGUAGACCUGCAAGUCCCAUUUUUUGUGUUUAGUGGCAGGAUACCGUAGACUGUAUGUCAACCUUUGCUUUGUAUUGCAAGGAUACUGUAGACUGUCAAUGUUUGCCGUGUAUUUGCAGAAUACUAUCGACAGCAAGUCCAUAUUUACUGUGUAUUGGCAGGAUAUUUAUUGUAAUGUACAAGUCUGCCUUUGCUAUGUAUUGGCAGGAUACUGUACACUGCAAGUCCAUCUUUGCUGCAGUAGGCCUAUAUGAUAGGCUACAAGUCAUAUAGUUGAGAGAUAUAUAUAUAUCAGGAUACUUAUCUGUAAUUGACUGCAUUUAAAGUAGACUUGUUUGGUUGAAGCCUGUGUUGAUGUUUUAUAACAAAUAGGCUGAAUAUUUUGCUUUUGCUUUUGCUUUAGUUGUAUCUGUUCUUUUAGAAUGUGUAUCAUUGACACUAAAACUAGUUAAAACAUUGUUUAAAUUCUAUAAAACAACCAGCCCUUGUGUCUCAUUUAUAAUUUGAACCAUGUAUGUUUAAAGUAACAUUAUCAAAGUUGUAUCAGGGUAAAUAAUUAUACACACAUUAAGUAAUUUUGUUCAUAUAUUUUUUAUUUUUUAUUUGAGGAUACAUUUUUAUAUAUAAUCUUUCAAUAAAAGUAGCACUAAGAUGAACCUUAAUAAUUAUAUUUUAUUCACGGUUUUGGGGAUAAUUGAGGGAGGUGGUAAGUUGUGCGUUUUUUAAAUAUAUAUAUUAUUUGUUGUUUUGUGGGGGGGGUUUUAGAUCAUGGUUUAAGAUAGCAUCAUAACAUACAGAUAACUGAAUGACUUCUAUAAAUUAUUUUUAGCGUUUUGAUGUCAUUACAGCUGAAUUACCAUAACCACCAAGUUGGAACUGUUUUGUUUAACAAACAUCGUUUUCAAAUAUUUUUGAUAUGCAGUAAAUAAUUUUAACCUGAAAGAAGCAAAUCUGAGCCAUGGUCAAGGUUGGGGUUUUUUUUUAUUGAUUUUUGCUUUCAGCUGUGCUGUAACAAUAUUAUAUGUCUUAAGACUUUAUUAUUAGAUACCAUUUAUGAUGCAGUUUGUUGGUUGCUGAUAUUUGUUAUGGAAGAUUAACUUGCAGUAUUUAUUUUGGGGGGUUUUUGUCAAAUAUUUUGCCUUUGUUGUAUAAUAUGUUUUAAUAUAGUAAAUUGAGCUUCCUUUAAGGGAAUAUGAUACAUAUAAAGUGUUUAGCCAGUUAUUUAUGGAAGGAAGUAAGACUUUUUUCUAAAAAAAAAUUCAGCAACCCAAUCCUGCAUUUUGUGCAUAUUACAGAUAUGUAUAUAUUUAGAGAGCAUAAUGCCACUUCGCUUGUCAUAUGGUUACUAUGUAUGUCAUUUCAUUUCAUACACAUUGCAUUUAUGUAUUUUGUGUGUAUCCUUUUCAUUUGGAAUUCAAAAGAAGUAGUCAUUGGUUAUAUUGACUAAAUUAAUGCAUUCAUACUGCAUGUGGGUAAUUCAUAAACAUUUUCAUAGCAAUAAAUUUUCAUUGUAAGAAAUCAAGACUUGUACUUUUAUUCAGCUAUAAAAGCAGUUAAAGAUUUUUGUUUUAAUCCAGCUGAAAAUGUUAAUGUUAGUAACUUUAUGUCAAGAUUGUGUUAUGAUACUCAAAAGUCUAUAGGCAGCUAGCAUUUUCAGAGGUGUCAGGAUAAACUGAUUAUGAGUUGGACACAAUCAAGAGAUGGAUAUCUUAGAAGCUGUAUUUCUGGGGGUUUGCACUAUGAUGGGGAUUAAAGAUUAAAUAUAUUAUUACGGUUAGCAGUAGAAUAUCUGUGAAUUGUCAUUCAUUCCAAGUGACUACAGUCUUUUAACUUAACACUAGAAGUUCUGAAAAACAAUUAUUUCAGUAUCCUAAUAGGAUCACAUCUAAGAACACUAAAUAAAUAUUUUGAUUAAAAUUUGAAUUUGUUUUAAAGAUAUUUGUACAGAUAUAGCUCCUUUUGUUUUGUUUAAAACUUAAUCUGUAUCCCUAAUUUAAAUCAGGGAAUACAAAUGUAUCUUUUGAUCAUAAUAUCAAUGUCCGACUCAAAAUCACAUAUGAUUCCUGGCAUACAUCUCCAGAGCAAGGAAUAUAAUGGGAACUUACCGGUAACUGAAAUGAAGACUUCUUGUGUACCAUUAUGCUGUUGUCUUCAUUAUCUGUUUAAAUACUUUCGUAUGUAUUUGUACAUCAUAUACAAUGUACUAAAUUAAUGCAAAUUGUGUGUGGGUGGGGGGGGGGGGGGGGGUUUCUUUUAGGCUUAAUAACAUUUGUGAAAAAUGCUUCAUAUAUUUCUGGCAGUCACAUUUAAAAAUUGUUUAAGUUUGCACCAUAUUUCAACAAAUGAAAUGCUGAUUUAAACAAAUAUAUAUAUAUAUACAUACAUAUAUAUAUAUAUAUAUAUAUAUAUAUAUAUAUAUAUACAUACAUAUAUAUAUAUAUAUAUAUAUAUAUAUUGACAAAAUGAU